AUGUCACAAUAUCAGUAUGGCCAACACGGCCAGUAUGAGCCCUACUACAACGGCCAGUCCGGCCAGGGUACACAAUCUCCUGGAUUACUCGACUCUCCGUCCAUUCACAUGCCCGGCACCGUGACUACCAUGGCGCCUGGUUGCCACGGAUAUGGAGGCACCAUCUCCACCACUGCUGCGACCACCGGUCAAGCUCCCCGUGCGGGCUUUGCCGUAGACCAACAAUUCCAGGAAGCUCAUGAUGCGUCCACCCAAGGGAACGAACGCUUUACUAUCUUGAACCACUUCUUGCACGACCGCAAUGUUGCCUGGACCCCCAUGAAAGUUGUUGGGUCGCUGGGCGACAGUCAGAUAUCCAACCUCCCGAUAAACUCUGGAUACUCCGAAUAUCCCAGAUAUCGUGAUAACCAUGCGCCAUCCGAGUGUGAUACUGCCGUUGACCGUGCUGGAGUUUUCUCCGACUCGGGAUAUGGGAGUAUAGCCAGGCAGAGUGUGGGAAACCCUUCCGUAUACGGGGACGUGGACCGUGGCGGUGAUACCCAAAUCAUGCUCCAGAUGUCCCAGUUUCAACUUCAGCAGGAUUCAAACCCCCAAGCUACAGUUAUUCCCAAGGACACUCUUAUGCAAGACUUGGGAAGCGAUGACUGGGGCCAUCGAAACACUACCACUUGUCUCGAGCGCAAAAGUUUGUUUUGCGAGUACUGUCGGGAAUAUGUCAAGACCAAGUCGGAGCUAAAUAAACAUAAACAGAAACAUACAAAGCCACAUCACUGCCUGGAACCUGGCUGCAAACGUGACAUAGGCUUCAGCACCAAGAACGACCUGCAGAGACAUUUGGCAUCCGUUCACAAAAAGUAUAACGUCGUAUAUCACUGUUGUCAUGGCACUUGCCCGACCAAGACCAAGGACGAGAAGGAUUGGCCUCGGGCAGAUAAUUUUAGGCAACAUUUGAGAAGGGUUCAUCAGAUUUAUCUCAAGGCUGAGGACGACCUGAAGAGAUAUGAAGUUCACCUUUCGCAAGAGCAGGUACUUGCCGGUCCGAGUUCCGUCGCCGUUUUCGCGUCGCAGCAGAUGCAGAUGAUGUCUCAGCAAAACGGCGCUUCCCGGCCUGACCAGGCGCAAAUACAAUAUCUGAGUCAUAUGGCACCUUUCACUGAAACCAGCCUUCAGGCUCCAGCGGAUUCCUCGAUCAUCCUUCAGAGUCGAACGGUCUCGGUGAGCGAGACUGUGGAUUUUCCCGCUGUGGAAAAUGGCGAUUGGUACACAUGGCCUGAUGCAGGCACCGCAGAGGUCAGCUCCCACGUCCUUCACUUGGUUUCCAGCCGCCGCGGCUCGCUGCGCGCACUCGAGAGGACUAGAUCCAUCUCGAUCGAUGAACCCUCGAGUGGUCAGCAGCCUGGUUUCGAAUCGGAAGUCUUGGUAGACGGACGUGCGGAGAUGCCUGCGACGGCUGCUAACAGUGAUAUCAGUCCCUCGAUUACCACGGUUGGUAUGAAUCUGGAUAUCCGUCCUAUGUCGACUGGUAGUGGUCACAUACGGUCCCAUGUCAACGAACUGGACGGCAACACUCACCAGCAUCUCGACAGUGCCGAAGUGGACAGUCCUGUGAAUAAUCAUCAUGAUGGUGAGCCAGUUGAAGACGAGGAGGUGGAUGAUGUUGUGCCUGACUUGGGUCAAGACACAUCCGCGGAUGACUCUGAUGAACCUGAGACGGCGUUGGUCAGGUAUUCGUUGGACUAUUCGAUUGAGAACUCAUCCAAGCCCAACCUCUCACCACAGUUAGCUCUCUCUUUUCCCCUAACAGGAGUGAACAUUGAUGACGAUGAGGGUGCUCUCACUUUUCUUCGAGUCUUGCAAGCAAAGGGUAACCUCGACCAACUGAUGGCCGAGCUCGGGUAUCAAAAGAAGGAAGAGAAAUCCGAGCAACCAGAACCAACUGAGAAGAAGGCAGAGCCUGCACCCACCUCUGCUCCCAGGACCGGAAACAGCAAAAAUCCCUGCUCCAUGUGCGACAAGAGCUUCAAUCGCAGGUGCGAACUCAAGAAGCACCAAAAGCGCCACGACAAGCCCUACGCCUGUACCUUUCACAACUGCUCCAAAAACUUUGGCAGCAAAAACGACUGGAAGCGGCACGAAAACAGCCAACAUCUUCAACUCGAGAUCUGGCGCUGCGACGAGAAGCAACAGCAGCAACAGCAACAACAGGGCGUCGUUGACGACCGCAACCGGGUCUGCGGCUGGGUCGCCCACCGUCGCGAGUCUUUCCGCACACACCUGUCCAAGGAACAUAGCAUGGACGACACGACCAUGGAGAAAAAGGUAACCGAGUGCCACAUUGGCCGCAACUGCGAGUCGCGCUUCUGGUGCGGGUUUUGCCGCAAGACGAUCGAGUUCCAGAAGGAUAAGAAGCUGGCGUGGUCGGCGAGGUUUGAUCAUAUCGAGGAUCAUUUCAUUGGAAGGAAUGGGGUAAGACAGCAAAAUAUUAAAGAUUGGGAGUUUAUUGAGUCCCCUGUGGCUGGUGGUGGUGGUGGAAAGAACGGAACUAGGACUGGAACUGGAAAAGGGGCAGCGGAGAUGGCAGGGAGGGAAGUGGUUGAUUUGACUGUUGAGCAGGCAGGGGACGAUGAUCUAGAACCUGAGAGAAGCUCUUCGAGUUCCUCUUUGUAUGUCACGGGGCAGCGACGGGUGCAGCAACAAACUCUUAAGCGCCGCUUGGACGCAGAAGACGGGACCGUAACGUCUUCUGCUGCGCCGAGAGCAAAGAGGCACAAGUCGGGUAAUAGGCAGAGGGAGUAUCUCUGGUCUUGUUGCCAGUGUACCGGAGCAAUGUUCAAUGUCGAGACGACGCCCGCGUGUCUGGAUUGUAACCAUGCUCAAUGCGAGCACUGCGUUGUUGAGCACCAUAGGGGCCCUCGGGAGAGACGUUAG